CCUGAGGCCAGCCUCGCUUACAUACCCCUCCACCAGUCUCGCUACCGGUGGCCGGAGGAGGAAUAGGCUAAUUAUUCCGCGUGCCCGCCGCUGGCUGGCCGAGACCACCAGCCACCAUGGACGCCGCCGAGGCUAAGCCAACACCAGUAACGGCCACGCCGUCACGGCCGCGCGCGCAGCCGCCGGUGAACCCCUGGUCGACGGGGCUGUUCGACUGCAUGGAGGACCCAGGCAUCUGCUGCCUGACGUGCAUCUGCCCGUGCAUGACGUUCGGGCUGAUGGCGGAGAUCGUGGACCGGGGGGCGACGUCGAGCGGCGCGAGCGGGGCGAUGUACAUCGGGAUGGGGGUCAUGACGGGGUGGGGGUGCCAGUGGAUCUACACCUGGUUCUACCGCACCAAGAUGCGCGCGCAGUACGGCCUCCAGGAGACCCCCUACCCGGACUGCUGCGUCACUGGCUUCUGCGAGCCCUUGGCCAUCUGCCAGCAGUUCCGCGAGCUCAGGAACCGAGGCUUCGUCAUGGACAUCGGAUGGCACGCGAACAUGGAGCUGCAGCAGCAGCAGGGGCGUGGCGGCAACGCGGCCACGGUGCCGCCGGCCAUGCACGUUGAUGGAAUGACCCGUUGAUCGAUGAUCUAAGUUCUGUGCUAGCUAGCUACCAACCUGUCGGAUCCAU